GGCGCAUUAGCUGAAUUUCCACUGAUGAAAUUCAGCAUCAAGUGCGUGCGUGUAUGCAGACUGCGUACGAUAAAUACAGGACACAGCAACCACCUUAUUCACUUUGAACCCGGAAAAGCUGGCAUGGAGGAAGAAGGACAAGCUGGCAUGAUGGAGGAAGGACAAGCUAGCAUGGAAGAAGGACAAGCAAGCAUGGAGGAAGGACAAGCAAGCAUGGAGGAAGGACAAGAUUCUUGUGUACUUCAGGCUAAGGCUGCAGGUUUUAAAUCCACGGUCGCAGAUUUGAUUGAUUUCAAACCGACAGAAAAUCCUAAGUGGCGCACUGCUGAAGAUUUAAACAUACCAGAUGUUCAAGGUAUGAUUAAACAAAUCGCCGAAUAUCAUCGUGAAUGGAGAAACUUAAAGUCAACCGCCUGUGUCAGUGAAAUUACAGAAGAUCUGGUCUACCAGUUUAUUUACAACUGCAAUCUUGAAGGAGAGCAUGGGUGUGGAACGCUUGAAGACACCAAGAAUUGUCUUAAAGAAAAUACCAACGAUGAGACGCGGGCCAAGGAAAAACAAACAAUCAAUUUGAGGAGUGCCUACCGAUACCUGCAAGAUGAUAUCAAGAAAGGUGAACAUCAGCAGGAAGACAACCAUGGGUUCAUUGAUGAGUCAAUGCUACUAACCCUUAACGAAAAAAUUCUUAAAGAUAUUAAACUCCGUAAAAAUGCUACUAAACCAGGGGUUUACAGUGAUAAAAAGCGCCUUAGUGUGUUUGAGGGUGAAACAUAUGAGUAUCCAGAUCCAAAUUUAGUAGAUUUACAAAAAUUGGUUGUAAAAGUUCUAGAUAACUAUAACGACCUCUACCAAGAUGCUCAACAAGAGUCUGAUAAUGAAAAGAGACUUGAAAAGUUAUUCAAAAUCAGCAGUUACUUUUUGUUUGAGAUGCUUGACGUGCAUCCAUUUGGAGACGGUAACGGUCGACUCUGCAGGCUUCUCUGCAAUUACGUCUUGUCAACAUGUACCCCAUUUCCAAGUCCAAUAUACAAUUCAUAUAGCAAGUCAUCUAGGGAUGACUACGUGGGAGCCUUGGUAGAGGCAAGGAAGUCAGAAGAUCGACAUCCUCGUAGUUUGACCACCAUGAUCAUUGAGUGCAAUUAUACUACUUGGGAGAAAUUUAUUCAAAGAAUCAAAAGCAGCAUCUAAAAACUAGAUACUAAGAACUAGAUUUUCAAGUGUUCGUAAAAACGAACACGGGUUUCCGUUCCUUGCACCAAAAAAGGGAUUUUAAAGGCAGUGGACACUAUUGGUAUACUCAAAAUAAUUGUUUGCAUGAAACCUUACUUGGU